AACCUCAAAGGAGAAACAGAAACAGUGUGUUGUGGAUAUUAUCGGCUACCAUGGCUUCCACUCCCUCCGCUUCUGCCUUGUCUGCUGUUCUCCGGUGUCGGGGGAAUAUCUGGACCAGGAAUCCGCCGACCAAGGGGCCUGCCACCUCGAUUUACAGCCUCGGACCGGCCGGCGGCGUGGUGCGCGACUCGCCAGCGGAGCGCACCCGGUCAAAGGCGCCAGUGUGGGAGGCUUUUCUCCAAGGAGAUCGUGUUGUUGUGGGAAGAAGACUGACUGUGGCGGUCAAACCGCUCCGGGUGGAAGGUGAAGUCCUGAGCGAAAAGGAUUUCAGGGAAAGUGAUAAAUUAUGUCAUCCAAAAGUUUCCCAAUCCGCAAGGGUCGCGCACUCAGCUGGUGUCCAAAACGCGCUGGUGCGUCAACUGGCACGCAGACUGACAUCUAACCUGCCUGGAAUAGAUAAAUGCUCACAAAUGAUUCAAAUGAUUAAAUUAGAAACGUGUGCUUCACACAUCUGUAAAGUUAAAUUUGUUCAGGAAAUCAGUGAAUUCCCCGCUGGCGUGUUGAAAGUGUCCAUAACCUCCCCGUUCUUGAUGGGAUAUGCAGGGCAAAUAUCGUCUUUCGUGUUACCUGUCUGGUCAACACUGAAGAGCACCUGUUUAUCUUUGACUGCUCUGGUGUCAGAACUUGUGUUAGUUAAGCUGGCGGUGUUGCGUAGGUCCAGCAUCGGCCCCGAUGAUGCGCCACAACAUCUACAGAACCAACAGGAUGAGGAAAACAUCAGAAACGAUGCCCUGCAGGCAAACGGACAAACCCACAGUCCCACAGACCUCAUCUCCGCAGAGGACACCUCCGGCUGUGGACAAAGUGUCACAGGGGAGAGACCCGACUGAGAGAGAGUCCAAGGCCUCAGUGCCAAAAACACACACUGUGAUAUAACCUUAUUUAUUGACUUUUGCUUGGCUUUCACAAAACAUAACCCACAACCCACAUUUGGACUUCAACUCAGUGAUAUAAGACAAUGGGUUCUUUUAGAGCACAUUAUGGCUUUAGUAGCCUACUAGUAGAAAAGUUGUCUAUGCAACUCUGUAACA